AUGGCAUCAAAGGGUGUUGCAAUAUCACUUGUAGAACAAAAUGGAAAAGAAAUUGAGUAUACUUCAGGAAUACACAUAUUGAAAAAUUGGGUCCUUACGCAUGGAAUUUUAUUGAAGCCUAAAAUAGAAAAAGAUAAAAAAUUUUCAGAUUUUAUUUCUACAUUACCACCUGGUGAAAUAGUUAAUCUAUCAGGUAGAGAAAAUCAUUUAAAAGUUCAAGUGAAAUUAUGUCGAAAAAUUUCAAAAUCAUCCACACAAAACACAGAAGUAAAAAGUUUAAAUGGUGUUGUUGUCAGCUUAUGGAGUUGCCCUUUACUGAUUGACUUUUUGACAAAAUUAUAUUCUUCAACUGACUUAAGUGAAACUUUUGACAGGCUGAAUAGAAUACUUUUACCGAUAAUUUUAGUAAUAUAUCUUAAUGAAAAAGAUGAAAACGUGAAUAAUGUGAAUGAAUGCAGCGUUGAAAAUGUUCAUAAAAUGUUGGAUUAUUUUUGUGACAGUCAAUUAUCCCAACAAAUUCCUGAAAAAGGUGAUGACGUAGAAAUAGAAUCCACGCCAUUCGGGAAUCCAGUGUUCAUUAAUUCCAUCUCAAAAGGAAUAGUGAGCAAUGUAUUAGGGAUAGAUAAAUGCGUCAUGUUGACGGAUAUACAUGCAAUUCCAGGAUGUGAAGGAGGGCUUGUAUACUCUACAAACGGUAAAGAUGGAAGCAGAGUAAUAUAUGGAAUGGUGAUUGCUCCGUUGAGUUUGUGCCGAAGCGAAUGGGUCAAUUAUACUUUUGUCGCAUGUCUUCUACCUUGUUUGAAAAGAUUACUCAGGAAACAGGAAGAUAAAAAGACCUUGAAGAUAAACCAGGAAAAUUUUAACAUCAUUGACUCCCUAAAUAAGUGUGUGGUACUAAUAUAUUGUGGUUCUGAAUGGGGUAGUGGUAUACUUUUGGAUAGAGGUACUGGCACCAUUUUAACAUGCUCUCAUGUGAUUGAUAAGGCACCAAAUCGAAGGAUUAAAGUUGGCUUUAGUCGCAAGAAUCUAAGCUCUCAAUCUAUGAAAAUUCAAUGGGCUGAAUUAAUUUAUCGUACUCCCAAAGGUGUACCUUACGAUAUUGCUAUCUUGAAAGUUGACCCAAACGAGAUAAACAGUGCGAUAAAACCUCUAAAGAUUGGAAAUAGUUUAGUUUUAAGAGGAGAAAGUGUCAUUAGCGCGGGGUAUCCAUUUUUAUGUUCAAACUUACCGACCAUUACACAUGGUAAUAUUUCAAAUGUAUCGUCAUGUAUGCUUCAAACUACUUGUUAUGUUCAAAGUGGUAAUAGUGGUGGACCCAUUAUUAGACCUACUACGGGAGAAUUACUUGGUAUUACUGUUUGUAAUGUUAUUACUUCUACAACUCGAUAUCCUAGACUCAACAUGGGUGUCCCUGCAACUGUUCUUAUUGAUCCGAUUAAUGAGUACAUCAAAACUAAUCGUGUCCAGGCUCUUGACACUUUGAUGAGUUACGAUGAAAAUGUCGUACGUACAUGGAACUGUCUUUUACCUUCAAAGAUAUAA